UUUUUAUGGAUAUAUAGGGCGAGUGAGAAAGUGAUGGGUUGCAAAAGGGGAAGAGAUUAGGAGUGUGGAAAUGUUGGUCAGCAACUGCAGUUGUUGCCAACAUAUACCUCCUCUGGACUACUUCCCAACAUGUCCUCCUUCCCAUCCAUUCCAUUGUUGCCAGUGCGUCCCUAGCUGCCAUUUUUGCCAACAAAAUAAACUUGCAUUUGGUUACUGCGUCCCUUCCUGUUCCACUUGCCCAGUUCUGCCAACUGAACAAGGAGGAAAAAUUGAAUCAGGCAGAGGCGGAACAACCGAACCAGGCAGCAGCAGAACAACAACUGGAAAAACUGGAACAGGUGGCGGAGGCGGACCAACUGAACCAGGCAGCAGCAGCGGAAAAACUGGAACAGACGGAGGCGGACCAACUGAGCCAGGCAGCAGCAGAACAACUGGAACAGGCGGAGGAGGACCCGCCGAAUCACGGUGGACAGAAGACAUUAUCCAAUUUCCCAUUCCGGAAAAUCCUUCCUGGAGUAAUCCAAAACUUUAUGGUUGGGGAUUCCAGCACUUUGUAGUUAAUGUGGGGAGUACAGUGAUCGUUCCAUCUGUGAUGGUCAGUGUGGGCGGAGGUGGCAAUGUAGAGAAAGCGAGGGCGAUACAGGCGUCGUUGUUUGUAAUGGGAAUAAAUACACUUUUGCAGAUUUGUUUUGGUGCUCGGCUUUCUGUGUCGAUGGAAACAUCCCAAGCUUACAUUAUCCCUAUAAUUUCCAUUGCUUUAUCAACUUACAGUAAUUUUAAUAACUCACUCGAUCCCCAUCAGAGGUUUGAACAAUUCAUGAGACGUGUACAAGGGGCAAGUCUCAUUUCGUCUAUCUUUCAAAUGGUGAUUGGUUUCUCUGGUUUGGCGAAAUAUUUUGCAAGACACCUUAGCCCUCUCGCUUCUGUUCCUCUAGUAACUCUCACGGGACUUGGGCUCUACGUUCGUGGAUUUCCAUUGGUGGCCAAGUGUGCUGAAAUUGGCUAUUCUGGUUUUCUUAACUCAGUAUGGUUUUACCUAAUGCUUUUGGUGUUCUAUCUUGUUGGUAAUCAACGCUUAUUGCAGUUUCUUCCCCGUAUAUCGAAAGCGAAAAAAGAGAUAGCUGGUCAAGUAGCAAUCAUACUUUCUGUUGCAAUUGUAUGGACCUAUGCAGAGAUUUUGACUGUGGCUGGUGCAUAUGAUAAUACAACUCAAGAAACACAAAUGAAUUGUCGUACUGAUAGUUCUGGGCUCAUUGGUGCUGCUUCUUGGUAA